GUACACCUCUGGUUUAAUAUUUCACUCCUUCAGUGAUUAUUACCCUACAGCUACAGGUGAAGAACAAAUCGCACAUUACCCUGAAGAGGAAAUGGCUAAAAUUAACUUGGGCCCAUGUUGGAUUAGUUAGUAUUUUUAUAGAUUCUCGAAGUUUAAAUAAAUCAGUGCGUGUCUCUGCUUGACAUCAAUACACUUAGUAGUGUAUUAUGCAGCAGUAUGUGUAGCAACAGCAUGCGCUCAGAUCUUAUCAUUUUGUCUGCCAUUUAACUUCCUGUAGAGAUUAAAAUUAUGGUACUUCUGUAUUGGCUUUAUGCGGCAAGUGUGACAUGGUUAGGAGUGAAACUGUGUCUUGUGAGCUGUCCUUGUCUUGAACUAAAUGUACAUUGACAUCUUAAUGUAUGAUGACUGUAGUUUUAUAUAUAUAUAUAUAUAUAUUUUUUUUUAAUUUGCUCAACUGAUCUCGGAAAAAGAUCAGUAUCUUGUGUUUUCUUUCUUCACUCUACUGUCUUUGUUUUUUUUGUGUUCCAUACUGUCAACAUUGCAGCAAAGUUCAUUUAUCUGUGGGGAUGAAGUCAAAACAGUUGAUAACACUUCCAGGAUGUGCAAGCUUUGUUUUGAAGCAUGUACUCCUGACCGUUAAAUUGUUUUAUUACUAUUUUUUUUUCCGCACUCAGUGGAAGUAUGUGUUACAGUAGACACCUCAGGUAAAUACUUGAAUAUCCUUAGACAAUUACAAAAUGGGAUCUAUGGUAUACAGACCCACAGUCUCAACACAAUACAUACAAAUAUUCUGUGCUGUUCUUGUGUUAGAAGCUUUGCGCUGUUGUGUUUGUCUAAAAGUUCAAAUUCUACCUGGACCAGUAGAACAGGUCUGGCCUAGAGGGGAGGGUGAGUGAUGAUUAGCACAGGUGAGUAGGAGUAAAAGGAAUAAUAUCAAGCCAGAAAGAGAACGACUGCAGUCUGCAUGGAUGGUGAAGUAAGGUGAAGGUAAAGAGUGUAAAGGAAGACUCACAACUAGACUGGAUUAUAUGUUGUUGGAGCUGGAGGGUGGCUGCUUCCCGGAGUAUUUUACUCUUCCAUUCUAAACCUCUGAAGUUCUGUGCCAUGACUGACAACCAAGCAAGUGAAGCAGGAGGCCAGGAGAAGUUCAAACCAAACGUCAAACCACAGUAUGACCAGAAGGACAGUAACCAACAGGGGGCACUGGAGAAGCGAGAAAAAUGUGAAAUACCCCAUCGGCGGAGUCGUAGCAGUGACUCAGAGCGACGCGGCAGACAGAGGGAGCGAGAACAGGAACACAGGGGAAGGAGGGAGCGUGGUCGGAGUGAAGAGGCCAGACGUGGCUCAAAGAGAAGCAGCAAUGGAAGAGGCAUUACUAACUAUCCCAGGGACAACCUAGACGAAACGGAGUGUCCCAUCUGCUUCUGCAACUAUGACAAUGUCUUUAAGACUCCUAAGCUGCUCUCCUGUGGCCACACAUUUUGCCUGGAGUGUCUGGCUCGCAUCAACGUCUCGUCUAUGGAGAUCAAGAAGCUGUCAUGCCCCGUGUGCCGGGAGCUAACAGAAAUCCGGCAUGGCCGAGACUUGCCACAGCUCGGCAACAAUGAGAACGUUUUCCGCAAAUUGCCACCUCAGAUGCAGAAGGCUCAGUCUGUGCGCUUUGAACGCAGCAAAGGCAAACUGGUCCUCAAGAAUGCUCCUCUAACAGGCUGCUUCAGUAAGAAGACCACAGUUCUGCCAGUUGGGGCCAUAGAGGAAGGUCUCGCAUCAACUACAAUUGUAAAUGUGGGCAGACCUCCGAACAGGGUGAGAGGUCGCAUGGGAAGGGUGUUCCAGUCCAAUAAUUGCUACUACACCGUGGUGGUCUCCAUCAUUGUGAUCGCGGUGGCUCUGGUAAUAGUGGGCAUUUUGACCUUUGUGGUGAUGCCCAACGUGAUUCUUGGAAAGAGACCUCCACAUGGGGAUAAUGUCGAAUACAACAUGACUAAUGGGUAGUGGGAGGCAAAACCUAUAAGAUGAACUGAGGAAGGGAGCCUAAGAGUAAGAGAGCAAACCAAACUGUAGGAGUUGGUAUUGUUACGUGGAGACAACAUGGCUGAAACAUAUCUGUUGGCCUUGCCAUCAUCCUUUUGUGUCAGUGGCCUAAUACAAAAAGGCAUGACGCACUGCAUAUUGUAGACUUUUUGUGAAGGCUGCAGCUUUAACUGUGUGAAGGAUAGGCAAAAGAACCUUCUGUUGUAUCUGAAUAGAAAUAAUCACCAGACGGAAAUACUACAAACACAUACUGUGACUAUUAUAGUUACUAAAAAAGGAAAAAGCUAUGAAACCCAAAUGUCCCUCCACCCUGUCUUAAGUUUCACAGUGGUAUACAUGAUUGAGGCGUAUUUGUACAUGUUAGCAUGUUUUAGGUUUCUUGUUGCAGGUUAUAACAAGUUGCAUUUAUUUUCUGUUCCAAAAGUAGAUGUCACUGGAGAGCAUUCAGGAACAAAUCAAUAUUACUGUUUCUUUAAUCUUCUUGUUUCCAAAGUAUUUUUAGCAUUGUUACAAGGAAGUGUUGGCACCAAUGUAAAAAAGAAGAAAUGCAUAUGCUGUUGGAUAAAUAACAAUAAACAGAAAAAAAACAA